CGGUUCGGUGCGCUUACACGCUCAAUUGACUCGUCGGGAUCGGACGAAUCCGCAUACAGACACCGUAUUUCAGUACAACAAAUUGCAUAACUUUUGCGCCUUACUUAGCCACAUCUACUUAGCACAAUACAGAUCGGAGUGGCUCUGGUCAAGCAGACAAAAAUAUAUAUCUCAUCGAUACACUAAUUUCGGCUAUUAGUCAACCAACAGUAGUACCACAGUCUUUAAAACGCAAUAGUUAAAAUGAACACCGGCAGAAUAUGGUUCCUAGUGCAGCGAUUGGAGCAGGUAGGGGCGAGAACCCUGCGGCAAAAUGUGACCAAAGUGAAUAACAAGUGCAGUGCAAAAGUGAACCAAUUUUCCACGAUAGCCUGCUUUGGUGGACAGGGAUUUGGAAAAACGCAAAUUACUCCAGCCUCGGCAACCGGUUUCCGCUACUGUACGGCCAACAGUACGGUCAAUAAGUUCGACAAGAACUUCAUCGACCCUAGUCUGGUGGCUACCUAUGACGAUAUUAUUAAUCUACCGGAAAACCCUGGAACCCUACUGAUCGACGUUCGCGAACCCGAGGAACUCAUUGCCACCGGUGUGAUACCGACCAGCAUCAAUAUCCCACUGAAAGCGGUUAGCGCUGAACUGAAGCUAAGUCCGACCGCUUUCCAGGCCAAAUACGGCCGAAAGAAGCCGGCAGCGAACGAUCCCAUUAUCUUCACGUGUCGCUUGGGAGUGCGUGCUGGCGAAGCUGCCUUCGAAGCGGAACAGCUAGGAUUUAAGAAUGUGAAGAAUUAUGUCGGAUCGUGGACGGAAUACGCUGAAAACAGUAGCUUGCUGCAAUAGUUGCUAUAACAACACAUCGCUGCCAACUUGCAUUUAAUACAUCACUCUGUUACACGCAUGCUUUUCUGUACUUAUUAUAGAUGAUAACAUAUUUACUUCUCUAACGAAAACAAGCUCGGUGAAAUAUACAGGACCUCGAACAA